UCUGUGUUGACCUCCCAGGCUGCUGACAUGGUCAUUGAGCUCUCUCAGGACCAGAAGGCCAAACCGGACCUGACCAACCUGGUGUUUGGGACUGUGUUCACGGACCACAUGCUGACCAUCGAGUGGUCCAGUGCGGAGGGCUGGCAGAAGCCCCACAUCAAGCCGUUUGGCAACCUGCCCAUGCACCCCGCCUGCUCAGCCUUGCACUACGCAGUCCAGCUGUUUGAGGGGAUGAAGGCCGUACAGGGGGCCGAUGAGCGAGUGCGUCUCUUCAGACCCAUGCUCAACAUGAACCGCAUGGCCAGGUCUGCUGAGAGGGCCUGUCUGCCGGCCUUUGACAGGGCAGAGCUGCUGGAGUGCGUGCGGAGGCUGGUGGAGCUGGACCAGAGCUGGGUCCCCCAGUCCGACUCGGCCAGCCUCUACAUCAGACCCACCUUCCUAGGCACAGAGGCGUCCCUGGGGGUGAAGAAGCCGUCCCGUGCGUUGCUCUACGUGAUCCUGAGUCCGGUGGGCUCUUACUUCAGCACCGGCGUCAAGCCUGUGUCCCUGUGGGCCGACCCCAAGUACAUACGAGCCUGGAGGGGAGGAACCGGCGACUGCAAGAUGGGAGGGAAUUACGGUUCGUCUAUCUAUGCUCAGAAUGAAGCUGUGGAUUAUGGGUGCCAGCAGGUGCUCUGGCUGUACGGCGACGAUCACCAAAUCACAGAGGUCGGCACCAUGAACCUCUUCCUCUUCUGGACCAAUGAGGAUGGAGAGGAGGAGCUGGCCACGCCCCCGCUGGAUGGUAUCAUCCUGCCUGGGAUCACCAGACAGAGCAUUCUAGAGCUCACCAGGAAAUGGGGGGAGUUCAAGGUGACUGAGCGCCACUUGACCAUGUUGGACCUGCAGAGGGCUCUGAAAGAGAAGCGGGUGCAGGAGAUGUUUGGUUCUGGUACUGCCUGCGUGGUCAGCCCUGUGGGACGCAUCCUCUACCAGGGAGAGAACCUGCUCAUCCCGUGUGUGGACAACAGCCCACAGCUGGUGUUCAGACUGCUGAAGGAGCUUACGGAUAUACAGUACGGUCACACUCCUAGUGACUGGGCCUUCAUGGUGUAGCCAAACCAGCUAAAAGGACAAACAUAAACAAACUUCUCUCUGACACUCAAACACACAUUUAAAAAGCAAUACAAUCAAACAGACAUGGAAGCGUCCAAAGUAGCACAGUGUGCUUGCACUACACACAAACUGUACACGCGCACACACACACACACACAACAGUACAUUCCACAGUAGCACAGUGUCUUGUCUGUUGAUCUAUGGGUGAACUCUUUAAAUGUGCAGUUAUCUUAGUCUGAUUGUAUGAUACCUGAUAGUCAGUAUUUAUGUCCUAAAGCACACAGACACACCCACUCCACCCAGCUCAGCUAACAUUGGACGCUAUGUUAGCACAGGACCACUUCCUCAGGCAGUAUGCUACCUUGAAAGGAGAGGACACAAGAUGACGAGAGAGCUAGUCUGUCUGACGUGUGGCCUUCAGUGGAAAUAAUAACAAGGGAAGGAAGGUAAUGAUGGAGGAAAGGAAGGAAGAAUCCUAUUGGCACUUUCACUUAAUCAAAGAUGGAGCUAUCCUAACAUUCGUGACGUACAUCAUGCAGCAUGGCAUCUCUUAUGCAGAUACACUUGAUAUAGUGUUAUAUAUGUAUGUGCUGUUUGUAUUGUAAUGAGACAAAACACAGAGUUCUAUUUGUAUGGUGUUGCUGUGUAUUCAAUAGAGUAUUUUUAAUAUAGAAGAAUAUUUUUCAAAUGAUUUGCUGUUUGAAUCAGUGUGGAGGGUCAAGGGCACUUUAUGAGAGUGGACAGAGAACUACAUCCUCAGGGGAGGAUUGCGAAAUGCACACUGGGUAAAUGUAAUGACCAAACAUAAAUGCACACUGGGUAAAUGUAAUGACCAAACAUAAAUGCACACUGGAUAAAUGUAAUGAUCAAACAUAAAUGCACACUGGGUAAAUGUAAUGCCCAAACAUAAAUGCACACUGGGUAAAUGUAAUGACCAAACAUAAAUGCACACUGGAUAAAUGUAAUGAUCAAACAUAAAUGCACACUGGGUAAAUGUAAUGCCCAAACAUAAAUGCACACUGGGUAAAUGUAAUGAUCAAACAUAAAUGCACAUACUGAUCCUAAUAAUGUGCUGAGAGAAAGAUCAUUUGACUUUCCAUGUCAGUGUUUGUCGGUUGUUAGUUGCGUGAUCUGUGUGUAAAUGAUUGUGCAUUUCCUUAGAGAGCAAUAAAACUUAGAGGUCACAAACGAAACUUAAUAAUAAGCCAUUGUACUGCAUUAUACUGUAUACCACAAAGCCUCGGAAACGUGUGCUACCAUACUAACCCUGUUAGCUGCACUAAAUAUGCGUGUGUUCCUUGUUAUUUUUAAUGGAAUUUUAUGUCUGUGUUGAAAGGGAAGCAAAUCAAAUGUUCCCUGGACCUGUAUUGCCUUGAUCUACCAGUGUGUGACUAGAAUGUAAAGCACAACCUUUUGUCUUAUGUGGAGCCAUAUAUAUUCAGAGAUUACAUGGGAUACAUAGUUCAUAUACAAAGACUGUUUGAUAUGUUUGAAUGUAAUCUAUGGGUGUAUUGGCUAGUUUUGCCUGUCAAUGUCAUGUUAAUCCAAAUAAUAAAUUCUCUAAACAUUUGUUUGGAAUUAUUGUUUGUUGAUUUAAAUGAAUUUCAUUCAAAGUAUUUACAGAAAGACUAGGUCAUGCUGGCAGUCUUUCAUUUGGUUUCAAACCCCACUACAAAGCCCUUUGGCACAUCAAGUUAGAUAGCGCAAUGGCUUCUACCUGCGCUCCCCCUGUACUUGUUUAGUAAACAAGCCGUGCAAAGAAUGGUUCCGUGAAGAAUAUCUCUCUAAAAGCCUGCCGGGAUGAUCCAAAAAGCUCUAUAGAGAGACGAGUCACACUGCAUCCAGAGGUAUACAACUUUUAUUCUUUGAGUCCCAGAAAGGCACUAAAAUAAAGUGAGGAGAGCGAUACGGGGGCCUGGGGGCAGGACUGAACAGGAGAA